GUAUGCAGCUACAGACGCCUCGCGAGAAGAGAGCGGGGAUGCUGGGGAUCGGAUGCCAUGUGACUCCGCUUGAUGGUAUAAACAUGGAUCCCCUCCUGCAGUUCACGGCUAAAGAGUGUAAUAACGCUUAGGGAGCUUCGGCGCUACCACCUGAAGGUAUCUAAGGAUAAGUUUUACUAUCGCGAGAUCAACAAACCUGAUGACUGGUGCUAGCUGUUUUACGAUUGAAAGUCGUGCGUUGUUGGAGAGUACGAUGAAAAGCGGGUGUGAACGAGAGGAUCGAUACUCAAGCAUAUUCCUAUGAAUUACGAUAACGCCUUGCGAGGAUUUAUUUCAUCGCUAAUAGCCUCUUUGUAUUGUAACCACUCAAUCUGCCGCCAUGAGGAAAUCCCGAAUGAAGCAGAUACGAAGGAUGCUCACCUAUUGUAUAAUAAUCGGUGUGAUGUGUUUGAUUUUUACCAGUAUCCAUGUUGGGAUAAAAUACCCAAAAGCUCAAUUAGAUACAGAGCCAAUAUUUUCUACAAUUUUGGGUGUUGUAACUACACCAAGACCGGGCUGGACCAUAAACAUGUCGACUCUACUGUUUACACCCUCAAAAAGGGACAGGCGUGUGACCAGUAUCGAUUGUCAAAAGCUCUUCGAAGGUGACCCUGAUGAAACUCACAAAGCCUACAUGACAAUGGCGAGGACACCACGUAAGCCAAUUCCGGAUGCGGUUUUCACUGAAUUGACGAGGAAUUGCUCAGAAUUUGUGUUCCAGAGGGGGUACCUCAUGAAACCUACCUCGGAUGAGGAGGCAGACUUCCCUAUCGCAUUUUCUAUCUUGAUGUACAAAGAAGCAGAACAAGCUGAACGAUUCCUUCGCUCAAUUUAUCAGCCGCAAAAUACGUAUUGUAUACAUGUGGACCGUGAUAGUCCCAACGACCUGCACACUGCUAUGCAGGGUUUGGUUUCGUGUCUACCGAACGUAUUCAUUGCUUCAAGACUUGAGCGUAUAGUCUACGGAGGUUUUUCGCGGUUGCAGGCAGAUAUCAAUUGCAUGGUGGAUUUGUCCAGGAGGAAUGUCUCUUGGAAGUACUUCCUUAACCAGCCAAGCCAAGCAUUCCCUCUGAGGACUAAUGCCGAGUUGGUGAAGAUUUUGAAAAUUUACAACGGCUCAAAUGACAUAGAGGGGAUCAGUGUGGAAAAAGUUCCCUAUAUGAAAAACAGAUUCACGUACCAUCAUGCAUUUCGAUAUCCCGACGGAGCAAGAAAGCCGAUAGUCGUACGCACUGCACGUAGAAAAGGAAAACCUCCCCACGGUUUGAAUAUAACGAAGGGAAGUGCUUAUGGUGUGUUCAGUCGAGACUUUGUGAACUUUAUACUCAAUGACCAACUCUCCCAGACAUUCCUGAAGUGGUGUCGAGAUACCUAUUCACCUGACGAACAUUACUGGAAUACUCUUCACCACACCUUGUCCAAUUCCUUUCUUCGCACUCCUGGUGGAUUUUCUGGCAUGCCUGAAGCGAAACCUUGGCUAGCCACGUAUGCUGCAUGGGGUGGCAAAGACCCUUGCCAUGGCCAGUUCCGACACGGCGUGUGUAUAUUCGGCAUAGAAGAUCUGCCAAAUCUGACCGACAGAAAGGAAUUCUUUGCCAAUAAAUUUUACCUGACACACCAACCACUUGCGUUAGAUUGUCUGGAAGAAUACAUGUACAACAGAACAAUACAACGGCAACCUACAGACACAUCUUACUACGAACAUUUACCAUUUAUUAUCAAAGGGGGGCAAUAGGCACGAGCUGUUGGAUCCAGUUGUUGGUCGACUAACCGCAUGCAUGGUAAAGUCUGGGCACGCUUGACUUCGGGAUGCAUUGUAUAAACAUUCCUCUUACCAAGAAUCAAUAACGCCUAUUAAUCGACACUAUACAAAUUAUUAUAUUUGAGCAUUAUAUCUUGUGAAAAGAAUCCAGUAACAGCCAGCCAAUAGUAUCGAUAGUCAUUGAAUCUUCCAAAAGCCCCGUAGAUGCGGUAGUACUGUUUCCAAUCCUUAGUUUUUGUCAAUUCUUAUUAUAUUUGAGGCAUACAUCUUGUAAAAAAAAUCCAGUAACAGCCAGCCAAUAGUAUCGACAGCCAUUGAAUCUUCCAAAAGCCCUCUAGAUGCGGUAGUACUGUUUCCAAUCCUUAGUCUUUGUCAAUUCUUAUUAUAUUUGAGGCAUAUAUCUUGUAAAAAAAAUCCAGUAACAGCCAGCCAAUAGUAUCGACAGCCAUUGAAUCUUCCAAAAGCCCUCUAGAUGCGGUAGUACUGUUUCCAAUCCUAAGUCUUUGUCAAUUGUUGCUCUUACUAUGUGAAUAGUAGCGAUGUUGAUGAGAUAGGAGAGACGCCUAUCGGCGACUUCGUGAAACUUUCUAUUGUUCAUUUUGCCUUAGCUUACAAUCUUCCUUUAAACUAUCAACUCAAUUGGUAUUCCCGACAGCAAGCCACGUCCGAUACAAUGAGGAACGGAUUCAUUGUUAUUCCGCUCACGGCCAGAACUCGUCAGCUGCUUAUCAGGUAAUGGCUUCUUGAAUUCAAGCAGCCCACAAAGGAGCGAGUUUUGUAGCAGCGACCUGCGAUGAUGAUAUCAUGCGACAAGGAUUUCUUGUUUACGGUUGUCAUUCCAGGCACCUGCAACAAGAAUCGAUAAUCGCUGCGACGUGCACGAGAUCAGCAUCAAAUCAAGCGAUUAUCGGUUUUACCAGCAGACGAUCGAUUUUUAUCGUUCGUUCCCAUUGGUUAUUGUCGCGAGUCGCAGCGACAAAAGUCAGUAGAAGUCAGUACGAUCAACAAUCUGGUAUCCACCUAUUUCCCCCGAUAGGUGUAUGUUAAGUAAAAAAGCAGUUUCGGAUGGUGCGUAAAUAUUAUAUUGUAUGUUACAUAAGCAUUGUUGUGUUAUUCUAUUUUCUCAGAUCAAGGAUGGUUGAGGUACUUUUAAAAAGAGAA